AUGCUUAUGUCAAUUCGACGGCUCACCCAGCAGUUGAGGAGCUAUGAGCAGUUGUUAAUUUGUCGGCUGGCGCAAUCCACUGGUCGCUGCGUGGGUACAAAAAGGUUUGGGUGCGCGGCUCGCGCCAUUGUUGCACGCGCCUCGGGUAUCCAUUCGGCCACUCGUUCACCAAUCAAUUUCGCCAAAUUGAGGCUGGCGCGUGCGUGCCAUGACGUAUAUGGCGUCCGUGCGGUGGGUGAGCCGAGCCGUAGGUCGCCAGGUCGCGCGGGCGACUUCCGCGAAACGCAUUGGCUCUGCAGCGUCCUGCGGGUUCCGCGAAUCGGUCACUCGUCACUGCCUCCUGCUUUCUGCAUCUCGCGGACUCCCGUUCGUUUCUUCGAAGCUACCGUUUGCGCGGAGUCUCGAAUCGUAAUCGACCUGCAGUCGCUCUUAAUCCAAAGUAUGAAUAGUAUUUGGUGUGGUCUAGGGCCAUGUGUGAAGUUGAUCGAAAUAGAAGGCCUGUACCGGGCGUGCGUCAAAACAAGGCCUGCCGAACCAGUCGUGAGCCGAAUCGCAAAAAGCGCGCGACAUUCCGCGCAUCCCGCGACGCUCAUGCCUUUUGUGUUCGGAAAUUCGUCAACUUCAGUGAGCGCGUGCGCGCAGCGUCAUGCGCGCGGCAUGCUGCUGCCCGACCAGACGUACGAGCGGUCCGAGGGGUCCGAGCGGCGCGGGCGGCGUGGCCGGCUGCGCCACGAGCGGCCCCAGCCCCGCUACGAGCGCUCCCAAGCGGAGCCGCCGCUGGUGGCGCUGCUGCGCGCCCACCGCGUGCGCCCUGACUUCUUCUGCACAUAUCGCUCCCCUCGUACCUCGCACUCCAGGUGGUGCGAGGAGUCACCAUUGGUUGAGGCAGGGGAGGAGGGCUUUGCGGGGGGUGCAGGGGUGCGGGUGGGGCGCCAGCGACACACCCGCCGCGCACCGGCAAGGGGUGAUAAUUCAAAGACAUUACCGCGGGGAAAUACUUCAAAUAGUGGUGAAUCUCGAGGCAAAAGCUCUUCAACGACUCUUUAUCUGGAUAAGCGUAAACGCUGUCCAAUGUCAAACUCAAACCAUUACAAAAAGGUGGAAAGGGGAGGCCGUGCGUGUGAGAAGGGUAAUUGGGCGCGCAGCGGAGGCAUAUGCGCCGGCCCGCGCCCCGGCAAUAGCAUGGCGAUAGCAUCUCGCAUCGCGCAUCUCGUGCCCGCUCAGGCCCAAUGUUCGCGCUGCACUUUCAUACGCUGGCAGACGGUGGCAUCG